AUGAGCGCAAUGAGGGAAAACCUCAAGUACUUCAACGAGGUAGCGAUGAAUGCGAUAGUGCGAACAGGACGAGAGGAGAAGGAUGAGUGGAAGAAGACUGCAGCUCUUUGUACCAUCCACAACAUCUUGUGUUACGAUGGGCAUGAACUGGUGCUUUCGUCCAGCGCCAAUGCCCUUCGUUUUGCUGUGGAAGUUCUGCUCAGCAAUGCGGCACCCGGCACCAAGUCAGCAGCGAUCAAGCUGCUUGACCAGUGCUGCUUUGAUGAGCGAUCGAAGCUUUCUGCUGCUGACCAGAUCUCCGUCGACCUUGUGUCCAACCUCCUCAGUCAUUCGCAGGCUGUGAUAGGAGGGGCUUCAGAGGAGGAGCUGAGAAAGUCUCAGGAUCUGCACGCCCACGUGGGGCUGGCAGAAGACGUCCUCUCCUUGCUGUGGAACAUCACCGACGACGUCUUCUUCAGAGGCUCGGAGGAAUGGAGGCAGGUUACUACCAGGUUCUGCCAGUACCCCCUGCUCAGGGCCCUCUACUCCUCCCUCUCCCAUCCCAUCGCCGUCCACCAGCAGGCUGCUGCUGCUACUCUGCACAACUUUGCGUCCAACCCAUCACUGCGCAGCAUGCUGAUUGAAUCCGGGAUAGGCGACCCCCUCCGCUCCUUCCUGACCAACAGCAGCCCUGUGUGUGUGUGUGCGGUCCUGGCGAUGGCGGAGCUGUACGGGCUUGACGAGAGCCCCUCGACUCUCUUCAACUCUGACUCCUCCUACGUUACUCUCAUCGCUCACGAGCUCGAGAGAAGGAUCAACAACAAGGGCAGCGAGCAGCAAGAGGACUCCAGGACUGCGCGGCUGCAGCAUGUGGUGGGAACGCGGAAACUGCUGAGCACCGUCGACAUCUAUACGGCCAGGAAGGACAUGAAGACGAAGCUGCUGCGGGAGGGAUUCGUAGGCCUGCUCAGCCUCGCCCUUCAGCAGUUCCGAACAGAUGGGAGAGGGUCUGCGCUCUGUGUGAACUCACUCCUCCACCUCUCUUUCGAGAGCUCCAGCCGUACCUUCUUUGCGCAGGUCAAGGAUGUCCUCCUGCCCAGACUUCGGUGCGUGUCGGAGGAGGGUGAUAAAGUCCUCUCCAACCUCUCGCGUGCUCUGCUCUACAUGCUCACGAGCUUCGAUCCUUCCUCGACCCUCCCUCACUCCUCCUCGAAGAAAGCCAACACCUUCAUCUUCUCCUACCACGACCAGGAGGUCAAGCAAGCACAGGCCAUCCUCUCAGCGACGAGCAAGGUAGAGAUCACCUCCUUCAGCUCGAGCUUGUCUGUGACAUCUCCGCUGCAGCACAAGUUUGAUGGAGUGACGGCGCUCCUGCUGGAAGACCCUGUCAUGACCGGGGACUUCGACCAGGUCGUCCUCUUCCUCAAGCACCAGGCGAGUACGAUGCUCGUCCUUCUCUCCAACUGGCUCAAGAGAUCCGGACGAGCGAGGCUCAUGCUCAACGUGGCCGUGCGAUGCGGCGUCUUGAUCCUCCCUGUCCAGACACAGGAAGGCUUCGUGCCGGACGGAUGGCUGCUGCGGCUGCUCGAGCUCGAGGCUGCAGGGCGAGUUGCUCCACUCCUAAGGUUCACUGCGGGCAGCCCAGCAGAAGUGACUUCUCUCCUGUCGUGGAUGCAGUCGAGGAUCUCUUCGUACAAGACCGAGCGUCUCUUCCUCCCGCAAGGAAGGAACGACUCGCAGUACGCAGACGGCGUCCUCUUUACCCCCAGGAGGGUCCCAGGGAAGGGGCAGAGUCAGGGGAGCAGCUUGCUGGAGUCUGCCAUGGCCGGUCUGAGCGAGCUCAUCUCUCCCAGAGGAGGACCUGGUGCCAAGCCCACCAGCCUCGAGAGCACGCCCACCAGGCAGCGACUAGGAUUGCUUCUGAAGCAGGACAAAGGAGGAGGCGACGUGUACGUGGGUACGAUACUGGAGGGAUGCCUGGCGGCUAAGAGCGGGAUCCUGCGGGAGGGUGACGUCAUCCUUGCCGUCGACGGAUGCAACGUGGAGGGGCUGAGCGUCCUUGCUGUAACGGAGCUGAUCCGGGGGUUGCCCUUGACAGAGCCCAAGGCUCGUGCUCGUGCUAGCAAGCGUGGGAUGGAGGAUGAAGUUUCUUUGACCGUGAGGCGGAAGAACGUCACGUUUGAAGCCAUGCUCCCACGACCUCCCACUGCGAGGUUGGGGCUGGAGGAAGUCUACCGCAGCGGGGAGAAGAAAUAUGACGAGACUAAAGUCCCCGAGCACCUCCGAGCUCGCCAGGGCCGCCUGGUGGAGACGGCAAGAGGCGGGCUGCAGCAAUGGGAGAUGCCGGCAUGGUCGCACAGCGAAGAGUCGCCCUCUAGCAAGGGAGUCGUCAGUGUCGCUGAACCAACCAAAGCAUCCAAUUCGCCUCGUCCUGUGCCGAGUCUCCUUGGCAAGGGUCCCUUCCAACAGCCCAGCAUCGCAUUGGUUGACAGCAGCAGCGGCAAACUCGCGGGCCAGCCACUCAGCCCCGUCCAGCGCAGCGCCUUCCCAAGACUUGAGGGCAACAUGGAAGAGGGGGAGGAGACGAGCAAGACGCUGUUCUCUCAGUUCGAGGAGGUUGCGAAGAAGCUGUCUAGGGAUGAGGGUCGGGAGUAUCAGGAGGAGUCAGCGUCAGAGUCUGAUGAGACAACUGAGGAGGAGGAGGAGGAGGAGGAGGAGGAGGAGGAGGAGCAGGUCGACGAGGACGAGGACGAGGACGAGGAUGAGGAAGAGGACAAGCGAGUAGAAGUGCGGGAGAAGAUUCUCUCUGGAUGGUUGAUCGUCUUCGUCACGAGCCGCAGGGUUAAGUCAGAGGAGGAUGCUCCUGCGGUUUCUGCGGGAAUGGGAGGAGGAAACACGCAGAUCGACAAGUUCAUCUUCCCUCCCCGUCGAAGUUGA